AGCGGCGGGGCCUUCUAAGUCUGAAAGUCUCCCGAGCUUGCGCCCGGGUUUUUGCGGCGCCCGACGCUUAGGCGUGGGUCUUAGAAGCCGGCGGAGACCCAGGAGUUGUUGCCGGAGCUAAGGCUAGGCGGCUGAAGUCCGCAGGGAUGAACCUCGAGUUGCUCGAGUCAUUUGGGCAGAACUAUCCAGAGGAAGCUGAUGGCACUUUGGAUUGCAUCAGUAUGGCCCUGACUUGCACCUUUAACAGGUGGGGCACACUGCUUGCGGUUGGCUGUAAUGAUGGCAGAAUAGUCAUCUGGGAUUUUUUGACAAGAGGCAUUGCUAAAAUAAUUAGUGCACAUAUACAUCCAGUCUGUUCUUUAUGCUGGAGUCGAGAUGGCCAUAAGCUCGUGAGUGCUUCCACUGAUAACAUAGUAUCACAAUGGGAUGUUCUAUCAGGAGACUGUGACCAGAGGUUUCGAUUCCCUUCACCCAUCUUAAAAGUCCAAUAUCAUCCACGAGAUCAGAACAAGGUUCUCGUGUGUCCCAUGAAAUCUGCUCCUGUCAUGUUGACCCUUUCAGAUUCCAAACAUGUUGUUCUGCCGGUAGACGAUGACUCUGAUUUGAACGUGGUGGCAUCUUUUGAUAGGCGAGGGGAAUAUAUCUAUACAGGAAAUGCAAAAGGCAAGAUUUUGGUCCUAAAAACAGAUUCUCAGGAUCUUGUUGCUUCCUUCAGAGUAACAACUGGAACAAGCAAUACCACGGCCAUUAAGUCAAUUGAGUUUGCCCGGAAGGGGAGUUGCUUUUUAAUUAAUACAGCGGAUCGAAUAAUCCGAGUUUAUGAUGGCAGAGAAAUCUUAACCUGUGGUAGAGAUGGAGAGCCUGAACCCAUGCAGAAACUGCAGGACUUGGUGAAUAGGACCCCAUGGAAGAAAUGUUGCUUCUCUGGGGAUGGGGAAUACAUUGUGGCAGGCUCCGCCCGGCAGCAUGCCCUGUAUAUAUGGGAGAAGAGCAUUGGCAACCUGGUGAAGAUUCUCCAUGGAACGCGAGGGGAGCUGCUCCUGGAUGUAGCAUGGCAUCCUGUUCGACCCAUCAUAGCAUCCAUUUCUAGUGGAGUAGUAUCUAUCUGGGCACAAAAUCAAGUAGAAAAUUGGAGUGCAUUUGCACCAGAUUUCAAAGAGUUGGAUGAAAAUGUUGAAUAUGAGGAAAGGGAAUCAGAGUUUGAUAUUGAAGAUGAAGAUAAGAGUGAGCCUGAGCAGACAGGGGCUGAUGCUGCUGAAGAUGAGGAAGUCGAUGUCACCAGUGUGGACCCCAUUGCUGCCUUCUGUAGCAGUGAUGAAGAGCUGGAAGAUUCAAAGGCUCUGUUGUAUUUACCCAUUGCCCCUGAGGUAGAAGACCCAGAAGAAAAUCCUUAUGGCCCCCCGCCAGAUGCAGUCCAAACCUCCUUGAUGGACGAAGGAGCUAGUUCUGAGAAGAAGAGGCAGUCUUCAGCAGAUGGGUCCCAACCACCUAAGAAGAAACCCAAAACAACCAAUAUAGAGCUUCAAGGAGUACCAAAUGACGAAGUGCAUCCAUUACUGGGUGUGAAGGGGGAUGGCAAAUCCAAGAAGAAGCAAGCAGGCCGGCCUAAAGGAUCAAAAGGUAAAGAGAAAGAUUCUCCAUUUAAACCGAAACUCUACAAAGGGGACAGAGGUUUACCUCUGGAAGGAUCAACGAAGGGUAAAGUGCAGGCGGAACUCAGCCAGCCUUUGACAGCUGGUGCGUCAUGUGGUGCCGGGGAUCAAACUGCCAUCCAUGUGCUUGCCUAAGCAGCAGGAGGAGCAAUCUCAGAACUGUUAUGAAGGCCUGAAGCUCUUCGUUCUUUCCCAUCAUGCCAUCGGGUAGUCUCUGGACAAUGUGGUCAGUCAUUUGAGAUUGACUUUAAUUUAAAACAAAGCCCUCUGCCUCCCACCCGGGAGGUAGGAGUGAAUUUUAUGGUUGAAUGAAGAAGUGAAUUAUGGAAGAAAUGCAUAUGUCCCUGAUCUUCCCUGUCAAGCAUAAGUCCAAAUAGGCUCUCAGGAAUGAGGAUUUGUAAAGACAUCAAAUAGAAGAUUUGACUCAUUUAUACUUUAACACUUGGUUGUGUUGCUAGAGAAAAGAUACUUGUGUUUUGCUCAUCCAACUCUUGCACCCAGCGUCAUUUUGACAUGUUACUUCCUAUCGCCUGUUUGCCUUCUCUCUUUGAUGCAUGUCCUCAAAUGACUUGUUCUAAUCUCAGAUUUUGCUGCCAGUGUCCUAGGAAAACUUGUGUUGCAUAUUCUCUUUCUUUGAUUUUUAAACUUACCCUCUCCCAGACAGCUCCUGUAUUCCCAUGCUAUAUACAAAAGUGGGCAAAAAAAGUACUUGAAAGAUUUCAAAUAUACAGAGAAAGAAGAUAAGAAGGCCCCUCUUCAUGUCAUACUGCAUUUUGCUUAACAAGCUGGACUGUAAGAGAUUUGAGUGUUUCCUUGCAUUGCAUGUUUUCUUCCAAUUUUGAUUCAGUCCCAUUAAUCAUGGUUUUUGAAGAUAACUAGUUUUAUCCAACUGUAGCAAAAAAUCAUCAGCAGUUUUUAUUACUUUGCCUGUGCUGACUUCUAGAGUUGGAGACAAACCAAGGUGUUUCUCAGUGUAUUUCUUUUUCAUUGAACUGGGGGAACUUGUAGGACAAAAAUACCCCCACAAUCAAAGCAGGAACAACAUAGUUUGAAUCAAAGAUGAAGGUAAAAUUUUUAUCAUUGCCUGUGGAGACCUAUCCCCAUCAGUCAUUACAGCUUUCUGUCCUAUGUCCAUGCUCUUUUGUCUUACUGUAUUUUCAGUCACUUCCUUUCUGUGAAAGGUUACUUAUCUUUUAUCUUUUUUUUUUUUUUUUUUUUUUUUUUUUUUUUUUUUUUGCUUUUCUUUAAAUAAAUUGAAGCAGAUUGGAUGGAUGUGCACAUUAGGUAUUUCAAGUAUUCUGAAAAUCCAGAGCAGGAAACCAGCUGUGGAAAAGGCAGCUUCUCUGGGUAGUUUUUAGCUGAUCAAAAGUGCUUAUCUUGGGUCAUCAUUUUCUCAGUAUUUUCAAAAGGGAGUUUUAAUGCUGUGCUUGCUGUGAAAUCUGUAGUUGGUGGAUGCUCCUUAGGUAGCCAAACAUGUUGAUUGCUUUUUUUAUUGUAGGCUAGAAAUCACAGUAGAACACAUCAGUAAGAGCCUUUUUGUCCCAGUCCAUCUUCCAUCACACACACACACACACACACACACACACACACACACAGACAGAGAGAGAAUUUGGAGAAAGAGCUUUUCCAGCAUCAGUUGCAUAACUUUCUCCAUUUUUAGUUGCCAUUGCUAUUUCCCUAAGCAGUCAUUUGGUGCACUUCAUGUGCUUUAGAGCAGUGGCUAAGGUGGAUAGAUGGCUCCCUAGGUGUGUUUCUGUUUUGCAGACAUGAUUCCUACUCCAUCUUUCCACACUGCACACCACAGUUGUGCAGCUGUGAUGCAUGGGGUUUCUUUCUGACUGCUGUGUGGGAAGUUGGUUUCUCCUCUGUACAUUGGAAUGUUCAUGCUGUGCUCAGCUCCUCGACUGGCUACUGAGAAAAUCAGCAUAAGCCUUGUCAGAUUGUCUCUGGCAGCAGCUUCUAAUAGUUAUUUAUGCUCUGGGGUUAUUUUUUCUGCUCCUAAAACCUUCUGUCCACUUCAUUUCUUAAUUUGUGUAUUAUAUGUAUAUUCUUUUUUUUUUUUUUUUCAACCUUUCUCAUUUCCCCAGCCGCCAUUUUGUUUUUUUAAAUGUUCUGUAGUUUUAUACAAGAUGAGACUUGGCCUUGGGAAUUUCUUGCUGAAGCUUUAAUGCUUUGUAAAUAAAAUCGGAUGUUUAUUA